AUGGUAGACCGGGACACAGCAACCCUCGAAGCCCUCCAAGGCUCCCCAGCACCCCCCAAAACCUCAGAAGAAACAGGCCCAUUAGACCCAUUUCUCGCCGACUUACCAGACCUCGCCGAACGGCUCGCAAAAUAUACGAUCAGCGGCGACACACCCACGCAAACUUCCCAACUCCAACAUCGUCUCGACAUCCUCGCAGCCUGCUACCCGGAUGAAAAUGGCUCCCCAUCCCUCCACCACGCCCGCGAAGCUCUCAAAGACCGCUCAAUUCUCGAAAUCGGCUGCGGGCAAGGCGACAUGACGGUCGCUCUCGCACAUUUCGUGUCCACGGGUUCGAGCAAUACUGGAAAGGUUUUUGCGAUUGAUCCCGCGAGCUUGGAUUAUGGAUCUCCGUUCACGUUAGGUCAAGCGCAGGCUUUCAUCAACAAAAGCAAUAUUGGACCUUGGGUGAAAUUCGUGAAGCAGGAUGCGCAGGAGUAUAUUCAAGGGAUGAAAGCUGCGACGAGGGGGAGGCCGGAUGUUGUGGUUUUGGCGCAUUCGAUUUUCUAUUUGGAGAGUGAGGGGUAUUUGAGGGAGUUGUUGGGGGCUUUGUUUGGGAUGGCGAGUGGGAGGAAGAGCUCGAGGCCGAUUCAGUUGGUUUUGGCGGAGUGGGGGAUGAGAGAGGGGAGUGGUGAGGCGAAGGCGCAUGUUUUGGCGGCGGAGAUUCAGGCGGGGAAAUCGAUUGAGAAGGGGAAUGUGCAGAUUGCUAUGAGACCUGAGCGGAUGUUGGUGUUGGCGGAGGAGGUGGGGUGGAAGUUGAUGAGGGAGAAAUGGAUUGAAGGGCCGGAGUUGGAGGAUGGGAAGUGGGAGGUUGGGAUCGUGAAGAGGCAUUAUGCUGAUGACGAUUUGGAGGGGGAGUUCAAGGCGAAGUUGGAGGAGAUGAAAGGUUUGGCUGAGAGUGGCGAGGUGAAGAGUAUGGAUGUCUGGACUGCGAUGUUUGAGCCGUGA